AGCGACUGAUGCAACAUUGACACCCAGAACACCUCUCAAUCAUUACAUCUCCGACAUUGAUUUUUCCUCAUCCCUAUAACACAAACUUCAAGACGAUCGAAACGCACGCCUGGCUAGAUUCAACCGUUCGACGUAUCCACAUCCUUCAGCCGCCAAAUUCAAUUAGCGAAUUUUCGUUAACUCUCUCGCCAUAUCCCUGAGAGCGAUUUCGCGCGCGCUAAUCGACAAGGUCCGCCGCAAUUUUUUAUCGUCCGAUUAACGCCGCAUCGAGUGUAGAGCAUGUAGGAGGAGAUCGUGCAUACGCGGAAGGCAUACACACCAGUCGCGGGGAGCAGCUAGUAGAGCGAGCGGCAGCCGCGUCUAGAGUGGAGUGGGGGCGAGCAAGUAAAUAAAUAACCAGCUAACGUCCGACGCGAGCUCAGUGCAAGCUUCGACUCCGAUCGCUCGACACGCGCGCGUCCUCGUCUCUCGCAUCGUCGUCGUGUAAAAGAGAGAGAGAGAGAGAGAGAAAAAGAAUGAGGCUACACGCGUGUGUCGCGGCCCUGCUGCUGCUCGUGCAGCUGGGCGCAUCGCAAGUAGGAGCCGUGUGUGUCAAGGUGGAGAGUCAGAGCACCGACCCGAAGUUUGUCUGCGAGGGAGGAUCGAUCGCCGAUCUCGACGCUGUGCCAAACACCGUCGAGGAGCUGCAGAUCAGCAACAUGCCCAUAGGUCGCAUCACCGAGUCGACCUUCGCCAGGUUUGGACGCAACCUGCUCGUCCUAGUCUGCACCAACUGCUCCAUCAGCGACAUCGACGACCGAGCUUUCCGGCGACUCAGCAACCUCCAGCACCUCAGGCUUGACAACAACCGAAUUAAGGAUGUUCGCGCAGUUUGGUUCGAAGGACUCGGCGACCUGUCAUACCUCGACCUGAACAACAACGGCAUCGAGCGCAUCGACUCCGAGGUCUUCCGCAACGCGCCAAACCUAGCCGACCUGAGGUUCUCCGGCAACCGUCUGGAGUGUCUCGAUAUCGAGAGCAUCAGCCGACUGCAAGGUCUGAUGAGGCUAUACGUCAACGAAAACCCCAACUUCGGCUGCCCCAACGCCUUGAAGAGGUUCCUGAUCGAGCGUCACCUGGAGUCUCCGUCCGACCCCGAGUGGAGCUCGGUGGUUCAAGACCGAGUGCAAGCCAUCGGUUUCGGUGCGAACACACCACCGGUACCACCGCAGUACUACCCCAGCAGCACACCACCGGCUUACACCAGACCUCGCUGGACCGAGGUACCACCGACGAGUCCACCCACGGAACCGCCGACCACUUUACCACCGACGCAGCCACCCAGACGACCUUACGUUCCCGAGACCAUCCAGCCGUCCUCGCCGGACUCGAGCUUCUCCAUGCAGCCGCCGUAUUACCCACCCCAGGUGACCCAGCAACAGAUCAACAACUACCAGAGCACUAUGGUCCAGCAGAACGUCAGCACCACUGUCAGCAGUACCGUUGCCAACAUGACGACCAACACGACGACGGCGAAGGUUCUACUGGCCGGACAACCCGGACCGGUAACCACCACGACCGAGUGCCCCAACGCCGCGUCGAGCAUCUUCGGGGACUCGACGCUAUUGCUACUGAUGACGAUGUUCGUCGCUCGUAAACUGGCUCUUCUUUGAAGUGUGUAUCUGUGACUAUAUAUACGAAGGUGCUCCCAGUGCGACUCGAAUAUACGAACGUUCGAAUUCUUAUAUAUAUAAAGUUAUCUCCUCUUUGUAUACUGUAACAUGUAUGUGCAUCAGCUUUAUGUGUCGUUUCAUUGUAAGAUAAAUAGUGUCUAGCGAUUCGGUGUUAAAUUUCUCUACUAUUAUCCACGUUUUACUAAUAAAUAUCGAGUAGUUAUACGAAGGAGCCUUACGCUUGUUCUCUUCGAAGUGCAGUGUACACUCGUUAACUUAAAGAUUAUGUUUUAUCGAAAGAAGCAAGUGUUUAUACUUGUGAAGACUUUGAAUAAUCAGCCGAGAAAAAAGUUAUCUUUCGACAGAAUCUUAGCAGUGGCCUUGUUCUGCUGACUAUUGCAUAAAGUCUUCGCGAGUAUAUGACAUACAAUGUAUUAGUUUGUUAAAAAACAUUGUGUACAAACGCAGAGUGUAAAUAUUAAGAUGCGCGUAAAACGAUAAAACUCAUCACCGUAUAUGUCUAUAUAUAUAUAUUUUUGUACACGUUGUGCAGCGAGAAACGCGAGGCAUUUAUAACAGAGCCACGGCGUCGAGUGUAUCGAGUUUAUACGGUCGUGCUCUUUUUUUCAAUAAAGAAAAGUACAGUGUAAUUACCGCCUCGACGAUUCGCGUUAACCAGAGGGAUACGUAUAAAAGCGAGUCAAGAGGGGACUCGGGCGCGAACCGAUUGAUGACGGCUGCGAAAAGCUGCGAUUUAAUCGACGCGGAUAUUAUGCCUCUUGUACACACGUACACAAACACACACUUAUGUACUCCGUCAUCCUCGGCUUCGCACACGAUUAUUGCUUUAUACAUACGUUUGCUAUUUGUUUGAUGUUUGGUAGUUAAGGAUGGGAUAUAAGAGCUUCUCGGACAUGCAAAUAUGGGACGGAUUAGUUGGAGCAAACGAUGUAAAUGAGACGACGCGCGUCUCGGAUCAUAUUCUUACUUGCGUCUUCUCGCAUCUUCUUCGUUUUUUUUUUAUUACAACCCGCGGAUUCGUUAUUAACUACCAAACGUUAAAAACUAACAUUACGAUAGGCAAUUAAGUUAUUUGCGUUUAAAUUCAUGGAAGAGCGAUUCCGAUUGCGAAUGUCUUCUUGAUUAUGUGGAAUGCAUGUCAUAAUUAUUGUAAUACAUAGCUGUACUUCUCAUACGUCGACUAAUAUCGAAUUCGUAUUAAUGCAGUUUUCGUUCGAGCACGACUACAGUUGAGUAAUUAUCGUCUCCACUUUUUUUUAAAAAACAAGCAUUACAUACUGUGCUCACUUUUAAUAAUGCAUUAAUACUUAUCGAGAAAAAAAAUGUUAAGGAUAAUAUGUUAAAAAAACUAAAUUAUCAUUUGUUUAAAGCGAAAAAAAAAUAUUUACAAUAAAACCUAAACUUGAAAAGUGA